UGCCCAGCACCUCACUAGCGCAGGACGCACUUCAUUUCUUCUUAGUUUUGCUUCUGGGAGGGACCAGCGGUGAAGGGCAGCCACCAGCAGAGUUGUGUGUUUGUGACAUCCCAUACAGAGACAAUACCGUGUGAGAGAACUGCGCUGCCAUGCGGUGGUCGGUGCUGAUGAGCGUGGCUGCGGCGGCCAUGGUGAUGGGGGCGGUCGGUGUGGGCGCCUCCCUUCGAACUACCUUGGUGGGGAACGGCUACGAUGACGUGGUGGUGGGUCUCUCCCCAAUGCUGGAGGAGUCUCAAGCUAACAAAAUUAUUGAAGCCGUCAAAGUGGCAGUGAAAGAGACGUCGCAGGCUUUGUUCAAGGCGACCGACAACAAGCUUUACUUCAAGAAGGUGAAGAUCCUCGUCCCCAGCACAUGGAAGGGUGUGGCCGUGGACCAGCCAGCCAGCAACGAGGCCUUUGAGGACAGCCACAUGCGAGUAGACCUGAGGAACCCGGUGUACGGCGACCAGGUGUACACGGUGCAGCCAGGGGGGUGUGGAGACCCAGGCCGCUACAUCCACAUCACCUCGAAAUACCUCACCAGCCCAUUGGCUCCGAAAGUAUGGGGACCUAGAGGGAAGGUGCUGGCGCAGGCGUGGGCAAGGCUGCGGUGGGGCGUCUUUGACGAGGUGGGUUACCCAGAAGACGAGCGCUUCCCUCUUUUCUUUCGCACGUGGGACGACAGCGAGAACAUGGUGGUGAAGCCCAACUACUGCGCCGACAGGGAGAUCAAGGGGACAUAUGUUGACAUAAACACCGGAGGCUCCUGUAAGUACGUGGAUGACCUCCCGGACAAGGACUGCCGCUUUAAGCCGGACGAUGAGCAACUAGCGACCUCUUCCCUCAUGUCCUUCACGAAUAUCCCCCACAUCGAGGAGUUCUGCAAGGAUCACAAAGCUGGAGGACACCACGACAUCUACGCUCCGAACCGCCACAACCUGAUGUGCAACAGUCGCUCUGUGUGGGAUGUCAUGUCCGAUCACGCUGACUUCUACAACGUCACGAAGCUCCCAGCAAACUACAACGUGACCCCUGAGGUGCUGGUGGUACAGGAGACUGCCGCUAAUUUUGCCCUGGUGCUGGACAAAUCGGGGAGCAUGGGUGGCCAGAAGAUAACUAUGCUUGUGAACACGGCCAAGAGGUGGCUGCUGCACGACGUGGCGGACGGCAGCUUCGUCACCAUCAUCGACUUCUCGAUUUACGCAAGCGUGCGGAAAACACUGACAGAGGUAUCAAGUGCCACUCGCCAGUCGCUUGCUGAUGCAGUCACCCCCGAUUUAAUAGGCAGUACAUGCAUUGGGUGUGGACUCAACGCAGCCCUUCAGGAAUUGAAAGGUCAAAACAAUAAGGUCAUCCUGCUCAUCACUGACGGACAAGAGAACGAGAAACCGUUCAUUGACGACGUGAUGGGCGACGUGGUGGAGUCCGGCUCAAGGGUGGUCACUAUUUCCUACGGAAAAUAUGCAGAGGAUACACUGGAGGAACUGGCACAAAACACAGGCGGGAAAGCUUACAUCGUGCCUGAUGACGACGACGGUUCAUUUUUGAACGACGCCUUCCAAGGCUCCCUUACCUACCAGCCAGGACAGUCCAUCAUCAACACCGACAUCAAGAUCUGCGAGUGGGACGGCACGAUGCAGGGAGGAAGUACUAUCAGUGAGACGUUCUUGGUGGACGCCACGGUGGGCCGUAACCUAGAGUUCCGCUUGGACACGAAGGACUACGUCGCGGGGGAUCCAUUCCUCACCAGCCCCAGCGGCAAGAAUUAUACCAACGUGGAAUUCACCAGCGAAAUAAACUUGUGGAUCAUUAAGCUUGACACUGAAGCUGAAGUUGGGGAGUGGACUUGGACAAAGCCGCUUUCUGGCAAAUCCACGAACAUGAAGGUUACGGUGACAGCCCAAGCGAGAGAUCCAAUGAGGUUGCCGAUCAUUACGGAGUCCUGGAUGAAUACGGGCACGGACUUCGUAGACGCCUCGCAGCAACAGGUGAUCGUGUACGCGAGGGUGACGCAGGGGGACAAGCCGGUGGUGGGCGCCAAGGUCAGGGCAUACGUCACCACACCGAGCACUACGGCAGAAGCGGUGGAACUCAACCUUCUGGACAACGGACAAAACGCGGACGUGCAGGCGGGUGACGGCAUCUACUCCCGCUACUUCACUCAGUUCGUCAGCAAAGGCAGAUACGCUGUCAAGGCUCAGGUGUGGGACGAGGGCAGUUCCUUCAUCAACAAUGGCUUCAUCACCUCUCGACGCAUACUUGACACUCCUCUUACUUUCUCCCUCUUCACUGGUUUAAGAGAUCAGCUAGUGGCUAACGAGUACUGCUGUGGAAGUGUCGUGCCCUUCAACCCCGAAACUGCAGUUCCGACAGGCAAUUUCACGAGGACUGCCGCCGCCGGGUCCUUCAACGUGUUGAAGAUACCACCAAUUGGCGGCGACUCCUUCCCGCCGUCACAGGUGAGGGACCUGGCUAUCAUGGUGAACGACUCGUCCCAUAUCACGCUGACCUGGACGGCACCUGGUGACGACUUUGACAGUGGCAUCGUAAAGGGAUACGAGAUUUGGAUGAGUGACAACAUAAGUGCCUUGAAUGAUAACGUGACUGAAAAUACCGCCAUAUGCAUUCUUGACCUUCCGCAUUCAACCAACACGCCGGAAGUACUGAAGGAGCCCGGGGAGGAGAUCGUCCUCUCAGUGAAACUGGAAACAUCCUUGGAGCCAAACACUUUGUACUUCGUGUCCCUCAGGGCGGUGGACCAUAAUAAAAACAACGGCCCGAUGUCCCGCCCGGUGGGUUUUACAGGCGAGAUAGUCAGUGGAAGCGCUGGCAUCAGCGGUGGACUGAAUCCUUGGACCGUCACCCUGCUCGUCCUGGGCUGCCUCAGGGGCGUGCUCUGACCCCCGGAGUAUAUUCGUUGCCAGCCAGCAGAAUAAAUCAAAUGUGGUUGCAAUGAUCAUAGUGAUUCCCAUUCAGUAGACUCAAGUCUUUUCAGCAUUUCGUGCAUUUCCAUUUACCUUUGACCGUCGUAGCUGUUGUCUUGUGGUGCUCCUAUCAAAGAGGUCAUUGUAUCUAGGUAGUUUUCAAGUGUUGAUUCAUGAUGGGCUGGCGUAUUGUUUCACUUGUCCAGUACGUUGUUCGCUGGUUUUUUCUUCAGAGUUUAGGUCAUGGAUGGUUUGUUCAGAUGUUCUCUUUGUCUAUGAACUCUUUUAUAAGUGUUUUAUUGUAUUUAAUAAAAGGUGUGUCAUUAAAA